UUUCCCAGUCCAGUUUCAUCACUCAAGCAACAGCAGCAUUGCAUCACCACUAGGUGGCAGGAGGAGUCAAAAGUAUUUUUUGUGUUUUCCCAGUGUCGUCUUCAUCCUUGUCCCCACUCAGAGUCAGAGAGAAAGAGAGAAAAGGCGAGAAGAAGUGCUGCAGACACAUUCAGGCUUUGGAUGGCCUUGACGUAAACAUCAGAAGGAGGUUUUGGACCUCUUGUGUAUCUGUUUGUCACUGGAUCUGGAGAUGCAAGGGUGCCAUCAUCAUCAUCAUCAUCAUCAUCAUCAUCAUCAUCAUCAUCAUCAUCUCUUCUCACUCUACAUUUUAAACUCUCAGAACUCUCCAGAGAACAGCUUUUAAUUGUUUUUUUUUUCUGCUGACAUCUGUGGAGGACUGACAGAAGAUUUUGCAUGGAAGAUUCCUUUUUUGUUUUUUAAACUCAAAGUGAUUGUGUUUGCUGAAUGACCUGUCUGAGGUCUUCUGCAUGUGGAAUAAUGUCUUUGUUCUGGAGCAGAGGCUUCUGGUUUCCUGUGGUGUUUGGUGCCACGCUGGUUGUUCUCAGCGCUGUAAGUGCUGGACCGAACCAGGACCGGAGGCAGGCGAAGGCAUCCUCGUGUUUUGGAGGAUUUGACCUCUAUUUUGUUUUGGACAAAUCUGGGAGUGUGCAGAACCACUGGAAUGAAAUCUACCAUUUUGUUGAACAUCUAGCUCAGAAAUUCACAAGCCCACAGUUGAGGAUGUCUUUCAUUGUGUUCUCCACCGAGGGACGGAUCCUGAUGAGCCUGACAGAAGACAGAGAACAGAUCCGUAAAGGUCUGCAGGAGCUCCACGACGUUCAACCAGGAGGAGACACGUUCAUGCACGAAGGCAUCCUCAGGGCCAGCGAGCAGAUUUACUACGGAAACACUGAAGGUUAUCGCACUGCCAGUGUUAUCAUAGCUCUGACAGAUGGGGAGCUGCACGAGGAUCUUUUCUACUAUGCAGAAAGAGAGGCAAACCGCUCCAGGAGCCUGGGAGCCUCGGUUUACUGCGUCGGGGUGAAGGACUUCAAUGAGACCCAGCUUGCAAAGAUAGCUGACAGUAAGGACCACGUCUUCCCUGUGAACGAUGGAUUCGAGGCUCUGCAGGGAGUCAUCGAUUCAAUCUUGAAGAAGUCCUGCAUUGAGAUCCUGGCAGCAGAGCCCUCCAGCAUCUGUGCAGGAGAGUCUUUCCAGGUGGUGGUGAGAGGAAAUGGAUUCCUUCACGCCCGAAACGUCGACAAAGUCUUGUGCAGCUUUCGGAUCAACGACACUUUAACCAAAAUGAUGAAGCCAUUGAUUGUUGAAGACAAGUAUCUUCUCUGCCCUGCACCUGUGCUUGAGGACGAGGGAAUGGCUGCAAAUCUUUACGUCAGCAUGAACGAGGGUCUCAGUUUCAUCUCCAGUUCUGUCACCAUCACCACCGUGAGCUGUUCUGAUGGGACCAUCCUGGUCAUAGCUUUGCUCAUCCUCAUGUUGCUCCUGAUUCUGGCUCUCCUCUGGUGGUUCUGGCCCCUCUGCUGCACUGUGAUCAUCCAUGAACCCCCACCCCCACCUGUGGAGGAAAGCUCGGAUGAAGAAGACUUUGAGGGUCCUAAGAAAAAAUGGCCGACUGUGGAUGCCUCCUACUACGGAGGGAGAGGAGUGGGGGGGAUCAAAAGGAUGGAGGUCCGCUGGGGGGAAAAAGGCUCCACUGAGGAAGGAGCAAAGCUGGAAAAAGCCAAAAACGCUAAAGUGAAGAUGCCCGAGCAGGAGUACGAGUUUCCUCCCACACGGGUUCUCAACAACGGCAUGCGCAAACCACCGGAGCCACGCACGUGGUUCUCCCCCAUCAAGAGCAAACUGGAUGCACUGUGGGUGUUUUUGAAAAGGGGCUACGACAGAGUGUCUGUGAUGAGACCACAUCCAGGUGACAAGGGCAGGUGCAUGAACUUCACCCGCAUCAAAUCCCCCCCUACCCGUUACCCACACUUCAACCACCGCCCGUCUGUCAUCUACAACCCUCCCAGCAGAAACCCUCCCCCUCCACAGGGCACCCUGCCCCCCACCCCGGGCAGCCCCCCGUCGUUCUCCUUCUCCUCGCUUCCGUCGCCGCCUUCACCCCCCCUCACCCCGCCCCCUUACACGCCAUCUCCCACCCGGGCCCUCCCUCCUACCGCCGUGAGCAUCCCUGCCCCGCCCGAGCUGCCCCCCACACCUCCACCGUGCUCCGCCCCAGCUGGGCCGCUGCCUCCUCCUCCACAGGGACCUCCACCCGGGCGGGCUCCUCCCCCUGCCCGCCCACCGCCCCGCCCCAGCCCGUAGGCGACAGGAGCGUCACAGCAAAGACACGUCGGUGCCUCCUGCCUCUGCAUCGAGGGCCGCUGAGGACUCCCACCCAGCUAUUUGUCUACAGAGACUUGUGUACACAUCUAGCACAAAAGUGCAAUUACUCAGAUGCUUGAAUUUCACUCUGCAGACAAUCCGCAUAAAUGAGCUCAUGCAGACGGGCUCCAAAAUAUUUGUGUCAGUGGUCCUCGGAGAGGUUUCAGCGGACUCAUGUGGGCCCUCCAUGAACAUAUGUUUGGAUAAACCCUGAGCAGAGGAACCACAGCGUGUACGAGCGAAGGCCUCGACACAUUCACCCUGAAGGAGCAAAGCUGUCUUCGGUGGUCGUGACACUGAAAAUACAGGCGGGUGUGUUGGAAGACUUCUGAGAAGAAAAAACAUAAAGACUCAUUAGAUUGGUGUCACUGACAGCAGACAGUUGUUCUUUUUGAAAUCUUGAAUUUUCACUGCAUGCCACAGUCACAAAUGUUUGACAUGUUUGAGUUUUUAACAAACUUUUUGCAACACUUGUACAUUAUUUGAUUUAUAUAAUGAUAGUAUUUUUACUGUUUGAUAUGUCUUUUUUAUGAUUUUUUUUACAAAUGGAACUGAAUGACUUGCAAAAAAUAGGCUGAGCCCUAUAAUUGAAAUGAGUUUGAAGACAUUGCAAACCUGAAAGAAGCUUAUUGUAUAAAAAUGUUUCAUUUUAAAGAUAGAUUUCAGCAGCACAAUAAAAUAAAGUAGUUAUCACCUUUAUUCCGUAAAGAAGAACAGAACAGUGCCCUGUUUUUGACGCUCAACAGUUCUGUGCCUGAUGUUUUGUUUUUAUUCAAAAUGUGUCAAAUAUCUACAAUAAUGGACUGGUCUGUACUGCAGGCAGGACAGUUAAACAAGGGACGCAGCCACACUGUUGGAACAUGGUUUGACAUUGUUUCGUUAAAAUAAAGUGAUAAAAAACAGGUUUUUCACAAAACCUGGAUGUUGUUCAGCAUCAGUGUCACGUUUACAGAUAUUCCACUGUGUAAUAAAUCAUUCUUACAUCAUCUCAGGAGCUUAGCUGUAACAUAAUAAACAGUCUAUACCUUGAGGCAACAGAUGCACUUUUUAUGUUUGUGUGUUUGUCAGGGGUUUUAUUUUUUAAAGAGGGCAGUCUCUUUUAAGAGGUGUUCAGAGCUCAUGUGAAUGUAUGUAUCCAGUUUAAGAUCAAACUGCAUCAACUAUUUUAGCUGUUCACUGAUUUUCUUCUUUACCCUCGAUGUAGAGGCACAGGCACGUUCUUUGAAUCUUCAAACUAUUCGUCACAGAUGUUAAAAUCCACAAACUAUGUUAAAAAAAGGCAUUGCCUUUUACAGAGUGGUGAAUGUUUCUGUGAACUUUACUUCUGAGUGCCUCUGAAAUUAUUAUGAUUUUUUUUCAAUAAACUCACUCAUGCUCCUGAUUGUGAGAUGUUCAGACAA